CUCCUCUGCUCCCUUUUCCUCCACCUUUCCCCCUCCUCCUUCUCCUUUGUCUUACUGUGGAGCUGCUGUCGUGUUUGUGUGUUUUUGCGGUUGUGAUGUUGGGGGAGGGGGGAGAUAUGGCAGUGGUGGCUUCGGUGGCGAUGACGAAGACUGGAGCGUGAGGCAGCUGGAGGAAAAAGGAGCUGCAAGUGUCGCAGCUCUGGCAAGCUCUCUUGGAGCAGUGACUGGACGCUUCCCCUCCUACUCUCCAGACUGUCCAUCCUCGAUGGCUGCGUGCUCUGCUUCCCUCUGCGAGGGCUCCGGUUAGGCUGAGCAGCCAUUGGGGAGAAGGACCCAUGGUCUUUGGCCACAGCUCCGAUUGCAGGCGGCGGAUUAAGAAGAAUUGGUUCUUCUCACCAGGGCUGGUGCGAAGCAGCAGUGCUGAGCCGAGGGGUCCCCUCCCUGCGCUCGGGCAAGCCGGCAGGUGUCUCUGCUCGUGGUUAUGCUUGUUCUGCCCCGAGUCGGUGGUCAGAGUCCUCCGUCCAGAGAUCAUCGGCUGCAGAAUCAAGCGUUCCUGCUACUCUUCCUAGGUUGAUGCCCCCGCUGCCCCCUGCCUAGGCUUGAGUGCGCUGAGAGCCCGUUCCCCAGGAAGAGAAGUCUCUAGCCAUGUAUUUUCUCAGUGGCUGGCCCAAGAGGCUGUCAUGUCCUUUGGAAUCCGUGGAGCAACCCCUUCACAUCCAGGCAGAUCCCCAAAAGGCUUUCUUCAUGGUGUUAUUCCCAUCUCAGCUCAGCAUCUGGUACAGCAGACCCAGUGUAUUAAUUGUAAGCUACAAGGAACCAUCAAAAUCAACUUCCCAGUUCGGACCUUAUAAAGGAGCAGAAUGGAGGCCUGAUAGUACCAUGAUAGCUGUUUCGACUGUAAAUGGAUACAUCUUAUUUUUUGAUAUCCUGUCAUCAAGAGAAAAAUAUAUUUAUGAGCCUGUGUAUCCCAAAGAAAGCUCACAUGUGAAGAGGACCCUGCAUUAUAAGGAAGAACAAUGUGUUCCUUCAUUAAAUAUACAAAUGAAGAAAGUGCUGGACUUACAAGCAUCUAUAUCAAGUUUGCAGUGUAUGGUAGAGGAUCUACUUGUUGCUACUGCUGAUGGAUAUCUCCAUCUUAUUCACUGGGAUGGCAUGACCAAUGGGAGGAAGGUCAUCAACCUAUGUACAGUACCAUUUUCAGUAGACCUGCAGUCUUCUAGAGCAGGUUCAUUUUUGGGCUUCAAAGAUGCUCGCAUCAGAGAUAUGGAAUAUUGUGCCACGCUUAAUGGGUUUGCUGUUGUUUUUAAUGAUGGCAGGAUUGGUUUCCUUACAUCAGUCUCAAGUAGAUUCACUGCUGAGCAGCUCUAUGGUGUUUGCUUACAAGAUGUGGUUGAUGGAACUUGUGUGGCAGUAAAUAACAAAUACAGACUAAUGGCAUUUGGAUGUGUCAACGGCUCUGUGCAGGUUUAUACAAUGGAUAUCACUACUGGAGCCAUGCAACUUUCUCAUAAAUUGGAGUUGAUGCCAAAACAAUAUCCUGAUAUUUGGAAUAAAACAGGACCAGUUAAACUGAUCAGGUGGUCUCCUGAUGGUUGUGCUGUUAUGGUGACCUGGAAAUGUGGAGGCAUGUCCUUAUGGAGUGUUUUUGGUGCCCAGCUUAUUUGUACUCUAGGAGGAGAUUUUGUGUAUCGUUCUGAUGGUAUUAAAAAGGACCCUUUAAAGAUCCAUUCUAUGAGUUGGGGUUCAGAAGGAUAUCACCUGUGGGUGAUUGAUGGGAAUUGUUCUCAAAAUACAAAGUGUAAAAGAGAUGCAAAGAAGGAAGCUCCCCAAUUUAGUAUUUUGCAAUUUCAAUUCAUCAAGAGUGCACUCGCUGUUAACCCUUGUAUGAGUAACCAGGAACAAGUCCUUCUUCAAGGAGAAGAUUGUUUGUACUUGAACUGUGGAGAUGCCAAACAGGUCCAGAGUCCCAGAAAUACUUUGCUGCACCCUGAACAUAAGCCUGCCAGGGGCAGAGGCCCAUUUUCAGAUGGUGGUUUAGAUUCUCAGAGUUUAAGCACUUUAUUAGGACACAGACAUUGGCAUGUUGUACAGAUUCAUAGUACAUAUCUAGAGAGCAACUGGCCUAUAAAGUUUUCAGCCAUUGACAAGCUGGGGCAGAAUGUAGCUGUGGUUGGCAAGUUUGGUUUUGCACAUUAUUCUUUAAUCACAAAAAAGUGGAAGCUGUUUGGAAAUGUUGCCCAGGAGCAAAAUAUGAUGGUAACAGGUGGCUUAGCCUGGUGGAAUGAUUUCAUUGUUCUUGCAUGUUAUAAUUUAAAUGACCAUCAGGAAGAGCUGAGAACUUACCCACAAACAUCUAAUCUUGAUAAUACAUUUGCAUCCGUCGCUAAAGUACAAGCAGACACAUUACUGCUCAGUGUCUUCCGGGACAUCGUAAUAUUGUUCAGAGCAGAUUGUUCUAUUUGCCUUUACAGUAUUGAGAGAAGACCUGAUAGUCUUAACCCUACUGCCAGUGUCCAAGUUCUUCAAGAAGUAUCUAUGUCUCGAUACAUUCCUCAUCCUUUUCUUGUAGUGUCUGUUACUUUGACAUCAGUGAGGACAGAGACUGGCAUCGGCCUAAAAAUGUCUCAGCAGGCCUGUGAGGCUGAAAGCAUUAUGUUAAACUUAGCAGGACAACUCAUCAUGUUGCAAAGGGAUCGAUCUGGCCCCCAGAUACGAGAGAAGGAUAAUAAUCCUAACCAAAGGAAGCUUCUGCCUUUUUGUGCUCCAGUUGUAGUAGCCCAGUCUGUUGAAAAUGUCUGGACUACUUGCAGGCUUGAGAAACAGAAACACCACUUACUGGAGGCUCUCUGGCUCAGCUGUGGUGGGGCAGGUAUGAAAGUCUGGCUUCCUCUAUUUCCCAGAGAUCAUCGAAAACCACAUUCCUUUCUGUCAAGGCGGAUCAUGCUGCCUUUCCACAUCAACAUAUACCCAUUGGCUGUCUUGUUUGAAGAUGCCUUGGUUCUUGGUGCUGUUAAUGACACUGUGCUCUAUGACUGUUUAUACACUCAAACCAGUGCUAGAGAACACUCAGAGGUCCUCUUUCCUUUCUGCAUUGUUGAGAGAACCUCUCAGAUCUACCUCCAUCACGUUUUACGCCAGCUUUUGGUUAGGAACCUCGGUGAGCAAGCCUUGCUUUUGGCCCACUCCUGUGCCACGUUACCAUACUUUCCUCACGUACUAGAACUGAUGCUUCAUGAAGUGCUGGAAGAAGAAGCUACCUCACAGGAACCCAUUCCUGACCCUCUGCUUCCCACUGUGGUGAAGUUCAUUACAGAAUUCCCCCUUUUCCUGCAGACAGUUGUUCAUUGUGCUAGGAAGACAGAAUACGCCCUGUGGAAUUACCUUUUUGCUGCUGUCGGAAACCCAAAGGACUUAUUUGAGGAGUGUUUAAUGGCCCAGGAUUUAGACACAGCUGCCUCUUAUCUUAUUAUCUUACAGAAUAUGGAAGCUCCAGGAGUUAGUAGACAGCAUGCUACUCUCCUAUUUAACACUGCCUUAGAGCAGGAAAAGUGGGACCUUUGUCGUCAUAUGAUUAGAUUUCUUAAAGCCAUUGGCUCUGGAGAAUUGGAGACGCCUCCAGCUACACCAACACUUCAGGAACCCAGUUCAAGUGGUGGCUUUGAGUUCUUCAGACACGGCAGCAUUAGUUUAUCCCAAUCAGCAGAGCAUUUCCAUAGCAAAUUCAACCUACAGAAAACACUGAGUAUGCCCUCUGGUCCAUCUGGAAAAAGGUGGAUUAAAGACUGUGACGAGAACAUGUACAUUGAUAUGAUGCUUUGGCGACAUGCUCGGCAUCUGCUAGAAGAAAUCAAACUCAAAGACCUUGGUUGCUUUGCUGCACAGUUAAGCUUUGAGCUGAUUGGCUGGCUGCGUAAGGAGCGAACCAGAGCUGCAUGUGUGGAGGAUUUUGUGACUGCUUUGAAAAAACUACAUGAGGAUUUCCUCUGGCCAUUUCCAGUCAUACCAGCUUCCUCUAUUAAUUCACCCUUCAAGACUGGAAAGUACAGGGCAGGCACCUUUCUAAAUGUGGAAAUGGACACAGGGGUUCCAAACAUACCUCGGAGUCAUAGCUGGCUUGGCACUAUUAGCUCCUCUCAGAGAGAGGUUGACACAGUUUCAUCCCAUGGACCCCCCAUGCAAGAUACAUUCCUUUCCCCUUUGUUAAAUAAAGGUGAUGAAUGCAGCAUUGGUUCAGCAACAGACCUGACUGAAGCCAGUUCUAUGGUGGAUGGUGACUGGACCAUGGUGGAUGAAAAUUCCUCUAGUCUUAGUUUAACUCAGUCAGAGCUUGAGCAUCUCUCUCUGGAACUGGCUUGUAAAGGGCCCCAUAAGUCACAGGUCCAACUACAGUAUUUACUACAUAUCUUCAUGGAAGCAGGGUGUCUAGAUUGGUGUAUUAUCAUAGGCUUUAUUCUCAGAGAAUCUUCAGUAAUUAACCAGAUUUUUAGUAUAAUGCAAUCUUCUGAUAUUGAUGGAGAAAUCUGUCAGAAUAUCAAGACUGGCCUAUGUGCUAUUGAUGAAUGGGCUUCCACAGAUUGCCCUGGGUACAAGCCAUUUAUAAACAUCAUCAAACCACAGAUCCAGAAACUAAAUGAGAUAACAGACGAGCAAGUGCAGCCUGAAGCUUUUCAGCCAGUGAAUCCUUCUAAUGUCACAAAACAAGCAAGCCCUGGAGUUGAGGAAAGCAUGACUUCGUCUAGCCAUUGCACUAAUCCUCAGAGUGAUGCUGCUAAUAGCAGUGUAAUCAGACAUGAAGAGGACAAGUCUACAACAGAGGAAAAGGAUUCUUUCCAAGAUGACAGUUAUGACUGCACUAUGUCUUAAUUGGAAGAUGACAACUCUCUAAGAAUUAGGUGUGGAAAGAAGUAAAUCAGCUUUUAGAAAUGCUUCCACAUUUGGAAUUAAAUUAUGUAAAAAAAAAAAAUUAAUCUUUAUAGAGAAGUAUAGUACAACUGAAACUGUUUCAUCUAAUACAGUUGCAAAAGAAGGCAAGACUUGUAAAGCUGCAAGAUUUCAGCAUAAAAAACACUUUGGUACUUGAUCAUGUUGAGGGACCAUGAAUGCAGCUGUAGACAGGUGCGACUAGUAUUUAAUCAGUUCUUUGCAUUAAAUGUGUUCUGGAGAACCUUCUUUCUUAGUAUCUCCUGUUCAAGUAUAAAAGAGAGGAGAUGAAAAUUGUUAUCUUUCCCAGCUUGCUAUUUUUUCUUAUGAAUUACAAAGUACAUAGAAGCUAAGCAUUCAGCUGCUUGAUUGCCUAAAAGAUGCUUUGUAUCAAAGAACUGUAAAAUACUGUGUGGUUUUGUGAAUGCUCUUCUACAAAUAUUCAAGGUCGUACCAUAUUUGAAGAUACUGAUAUGUACUGUAUGUUUCUAGAUAACUAGUGAAAUUUAAGUGGAAUUGUGCAUCCUUCUGGAUGAGGCAUAUUGUUACUAACUUAUUAGUGGUGCUAGGUAGCUUAACAUUUUUUAAACCAGCUACUCAGUUCCUACAGUUGGUUUAGGGUGAUUGGUGAAGGUUAUUUCACUUUUAAAAAAAAAAUUCAGAAAAGAAUUUACAUGUAAAUAUUCACUUAUGUACUCUUGCUACUAAAGUUUACUUAAACAGCUCAUACUUAAACAUUAUAAUGGACAUACUUAUAACUAAAUAAGACUAACUUUCAUACAAUGUUGCAGACUCUGAAAAGUCUAUUGCUUUUACGAUACUUCUCUUCCAAGCUGCUGUCCUUAUGUAAUAACUGCCCGUAAUGGUAUUAACUUAAGUAUCAUCUUGUUUGUACUGUACCAUCUGAGAGCAAAAAUGCAGCAUUGUUUAUUUUAUAUGAAACAGUUCAUUUCUUAUAACAUCACCUGAUUACUCAUAUGGACUAAAUGUGUUGUCAUAUAGUAGCUACACCACCUAUCAGUUUCCCAGAGCAUUUAAAUCCCAAAACUUAAAAACACUAUUAAGUUGAAAAAAAUUUUGUUUACUUGUAUAGUUCAUUUACAGAUAGCAUUAAGUGCUUUAAAGCAUAUGAAUAUUAAACUAUUGCUUUACAGUAGCUUUUUAUGCCCAAUAAAACCAGUGCAAAUGUAAUAAUGGAUGAGUGCAUUCCAACUCCUCAACUGGAAACUCAAAUGGAACUCCAAAAAAUCAGAGUUGCAGUAACUGAUGCAAAGCAAUCCUAUUUGAGUCCCAACUUCGUUUAGUUGACAUUUUAGAUACAGGUUUCAGAUAAUGUCUAUCGUACUGCUAAAAGAAAUGGUUCAUUCCAAAUUAGAACUUAUUAGCCUAGUGUGAGCUGACUUUAAAAUCCAUUACUAUAAGCAGGGUUUUUUUCAGAAAAAUAGUUUUCUAAGUUUCCAUGUUCAAUCAAAUAAAAGCUGUUCUUCAAGUUAA